UAGCUACGUAGCGAGCCAUAGAGUUGAAGCGCCUCGGACGUCGCCAGCGUCCUUAGUAGGUGCUGCUUUCCGGUCCUUUGCGGGAAACCCAGGUGCCUUUUAUGGUCUCGCUACUCCAGCAGUUCCUCCGGUCUGAAGGAGAGGGGCCUCCAGGGAGAAUACUUCUUUUCUCUGCUGCCCGGCACCCGGAACUCAAGGACUUAACUUAACCGACCUGGUGGUGGGAAGAGUUAGAGGGACGGACAAUGCAGGGAUAGGGUGGCCGGAAGGUUUCCGAGAAAGCGCCGGAAGUACAGUUUUCAGAAGGGUCCGACCUAGAUUCGCGUCACCCUUCUAGCUGUUGGGCUAGUAGGACCUGUGAUCACUGGAGGCCUGAAAUCAAGCUGACGCCACUGUCGCGACCGCCGAGAAGUUCUUUUUCUGUGCUUUCAUUACCUCAGCCUUGAGGUUAGUAGUGGAGCAGCCGCUUUCAACCUGGAAAACGGGGUUGCUCGGAUAUCGCCCCUGGCAGCCCAGGGCCAGAGAGUAAGUUAAAAGGCCCCUCCCCAUCUUCAAAACAGUCCUGGGUUCUGAGCCUGCCAUCCAAGGAACUCAGGAGGAGGAGUUGACAGUCUCUGCAUCCCUAACCACCCUGGAACAGGACCCAGCAUGUCUCAGGCCACCAAGAGGAAGCAUGUGGUGAAGGAGGUGCUGGGAGAGCACAUGGUGCCCUCCGACCAGCAGCAGAUCGUGAGGGUACUCAGGACCCCAGGGAACAAUCUACAUGAGGUAGAGACAGCCCAAGGGCAGCGCUUCCUGGUGAGCAUGCCCUCCAAGUACCGCAAGAACAUCUGGAUCAAGAGAGGGGACUUUCUCAUUGUUGACCCCAUUGAAGAGGGAGAAAAGGUGAAGGCUGAGAUCUCUUUUGUGCUCUGCAAGGACCAUGUGCGCUCUCUGCAGAAAGAGGGGUUCUGGCCUGAAGCCUUCUCUGAAGUGGCUAAGAAACACAACAACAACAGGAACAGACAGACUCAGCCAGAACUGCCAGCUGAGCCACAGUCAUCAGGAGAAGAGUCCAGCUCUGAAGAUGAUUCUGACCUCUUUGUUAACACCAACCGCAGACAGUAUCAUGAGAGUGAAGAGGAGAGUGAAGAGGAGGAGGCAGCCUGAGACCCUGGGACCCACUUCUGUACUUGCUCAGGGUCUAGGUCCUGGCUUUUCUAGGCUUGGACAUUCCCAGGGUGCUCUGCAGACCUUCACCCCUGGAUGGGGACAAGGCAGGGCCCCUGUCUGAACUGACCUUCUGACUUAGGAGAAUUAAACCCCUGGUGGGUGGUGACUUAUA